UCAAAAUGGCGGCAGAAUUGAACGAAAUGCUGCGUAAACAGUUCGUAGAAAAUGUCAACCAAGGUAAUUUUGAUGAAGUUUGCCGAAUUUUAGAACUUGGACAAGUGGAGGCUGACAUUUUGGAUGAGAAUGGAAUGACCCCAUUAAUGCAUGCUGCAUACAAGGGAAAACAUGAAAUUUGCCAACUUCUCAUUGACAAAGGUGCUGAUGUCAACUGCGCCAAACACGAACACAUGUACACGCCUUUGAUGUUUGCCUGUUUAUCAGGCUCAUUGGAGACGACCAAGGUUCUUUUGGAAGCAGGAGCUGAUAAAGGAGCUAGAAAUGACAUUAAUAGAACAGCGUCACAGUUAGGAGCAUUUACAGGUCGUCACGACUGUGUCAGUCUCAUCAACAAUUUCAUAUCGCUUAAGGAGUUUGAAUCUUUUACAAAAGGGUCAAAUGCCGUAAUUGAUUCCGAUUUGUUGGGACCUCUGCAGAACUAUAUCCUCAACAACAAUCUGAGUCCAGUGAGGUUGGUCUUCUUCCUUCAAGAAAACAUGGAACUGGUUGAAAAUUACCAGCCAAUCGUUAAAGUCUUGAAGAUAAAAUGUAAAUCGUAUCUCAAAGAUUCUCACGCCUCCAAUGACGUAAUGUCGAUGAAGUUGCAUUACGUCGCCAAUGUGUUGCAACAUUGUGCCCGUUGGCACCUUGGGAUGCAAGGUCAACAUGGUAUCGAUGGAUUUUUAAAGUACUUGAUAAAAGGUCGACCGAGCGACGGUUUCCCGUUAGGAACAGAAGAUUUCAUCAGGCAGACUAUCCGGGAAUAUAGUUAUUCUGAGACAACAAUAUUACGUCAGCUUGUGACGUCAAUAGCUCCUGUGAAAAAGGGCGAUGAACCUACGGCAUUAAGUUGCCUUACACAAGUCAUCAACGGCAUUCACAGCAUGCAACAAAGCAAUUUGUGCUCUACGUGCUCUCAACCUAAUGCUGAGCGAAGAUGCUCCGCUUGUAAAACGGUCACGUAUUGCAACUCUAAAUGUCAGAAACUUCAUUGGUUCACGCAUAAAAAAAUGUGCAAGCUCGCGACGAACGCAGAAAGAGAAAUUUAACGAAGUUAAGAUAAUUAUUGCUAAUUUAAUUAUGAUAUAAAUGUUCAGUGCGGAGUAUGUUGAUGCAAUGUCAACCCUCGGCUAGUUUGCCGUGCAAACUUAUACAUAACUGUUUUAGUGGCUAUGAAAGAAAAUGAACGAUAAAAGCCGUAUUGUGUAUAGUACUUAACUUGUAAAAAUUGCAUGACUUGCCAGGUCUAUCAACGAAUUAUUGCUCGAUACGAAAUUAUAAUUUAAAUCAUCUCUGUA